GAUGAAAUGGGCCUGCACUGGCUGUAAAUGACGGGAGCAGCCCGCAGAGGGCAAAAGGCUGUUUCUUCUAAAGCAGCAAUUUUGCCCAACGCCUCCUCCUUGCUUAUCGAUCUGCAAAAUUUCUGAGCGAAAAAUGGCUCUGCUUCCAUCAGCCCUCUCCGGAACGCCAAUCCAUCAUUCUCACUCAUCAUCCGUAUCUCCCACAAGAUUAUUAUUCCUCCACACCGAAUUUUCUCGCCUCGGACUGACCGCCUCUAACAAGCCCACGACGGUUUGCAUGGGCGGCGGCCCGAGGACCUUCCCGGGAGGAGUGACCAAGUGGCAGUGGAAGCGAAUGCAGGCGAAGAAAUCAAAGCAGCUCCUCAAAGCCCGGCUGGCUCGCGAGCGCCAGAUAUACGAGAUGCGCAAGCGCGCGGAGCUCAAAGCCGCAAUCUCCGAGCUCGAGAGGCCGUGGGAGGCCGUCGAGAAGGCCCCCACUCUCUUCUCUGUCAGCGCCGACGAACAGCUCAAGGUGCUCGCUGACCGUUUCCAGAAGCCGGGAGGGUUUGACCUGUGGUCCGAGAAAGACGGGCCGCAGUUAUUCAAAUUCCAAACUGAAUCCUCCCCCAAUAGAGAAUUCGAGAGUUGUGUCAAUUCAGAUCCAGAAUUGUUGAGCGCCGACAGAACCGCCUCCCAUCCAAAAUCCAGGGGCAGGACUAAUAAUUAUUUCAACAGGGAGGGAAAUGAUAUUCGCUCAGGUGAGAAAAGAAUAUCUGCCGCGGAUGAUCAAGCUGAUGCGGAUUCCAGGAAGGGGAACAGAUCAAGAGGUAGAGGGGUAAACAGGAAACGAAUUGGGAAGGUGAUGACGCUUAAUAAUUCCAACCGGGCAGCGAGCUUGCAGAGUGAUGGUGGACGUUAUGAGUUGGAAGCUGAGAACUAAUGAACCUUUUUCUUAAAAAAGGAAGAUAAUUGUGGGAAGAGGUGAGGCACAAAUGUAUGUCGUAUUUAUCACCUCAAAUGUUUGUACAUUAUUGUAUUAUCUACCAUAAAUCCAAGUAUUUUAAUUGUACCAUUAUUUUAUGAUUUUAAUGGUACACUUAAAUUAAAUUGAAGUUCUGUAUAAAUCAAAACUAUUCACCAAGUCAGUGUACUCAAAUAUACAACUUGAGAACUCAAGUGUUUAUUCAACAAAGUCUACAAUUAAAUCAUCCAAGGUUGG